UGAAUGCAGGGGCACUCCGGGGAGACCAGAUAUAGUGAAUGCAGGGUCCUGGGAGACCGGAUAUAGUGAAUGCAGGGUCCUGGGAGACCAGAUAUAAUGAAUGCAGGGUCCGGGGGAACCAGGACAUAGUGAAUGCAGGGUCCGGGGAGACCAGACUUAGUGAAUGCAGGGUCCGGGGAGACCAGAUAUAGUGAAUGCAGGGUCCUGGGUUUAGUAACAGUUUAAGAUCACCUGAGCCAGAUGCAGUCACUGUAGGGGUAUUCAGUCUGCCCAAAUAUAAUAGGGUGCCAACUGGCAUGGAUGGAGCGGCUUGAGCUGUAUAUGGCGGCCCUCAGACCUGGAUUAAUAAUUGCAG